AUGUGUGAGUUAUUUUUAGGAACCUGGAAACUCAUUUCUAGUGAAAACUUUGACAGCUAUAUGGAAGAACUGGGGGUGGGUUUUGCUACUAGGAAACUUGGCAGCCUGGCCAAGCCCAGUGUGGUCAUCAGCAUCAAUGGGGAUAUAAUAACCAUCAAGACAGAGAGCACCUUUAAAAACACAGAGAUCUCCUUCAAACUGGGGGAAGAGUUUGAGGAAACCACAGCAGACAACAGGAAAACCAUGAGCACUGUAACCUUGGAUGAUGGCUCUCUGACUCAGGUGCAGAAGUGGGAUGGCAAACAGACCACAAUAAAGAGAGCGCUGGUGGAUGGGAAGAUGGUUGUGGAAUGCACCAUGAACAAUGUCACCUGCACUAGAGUCUAUGAGAGGGCCUGAGGCAUUCCCAUCUCCAUACCGGGUCAGAACUUGCU